CAGCUGGCCAAGUUGGGUCAGAAGGUGGGAGUGCGCUACCGCGGCACUCUGGCCAAGAGCGGCAAGGUCUUCGACGAGACCAAGGGCAACAAGACCUUCUCCUUCCGCCUGGGCGUGGGAGAGGUGAUCAAGGGCUGGGACCGGGGUGUGGUGGGCAUGCGCGUGGGGGACAAGCGGCGGCUGACAGUCCCCCCGCAGAUGGCCUACGGAACCAGCGGUGUGCGGGGGGCCAUCCCCCCCAACGCAACGCUCAACUUUGACGUGGAGCUUGUGGAUGUCAAGGGCAGGUAG